AUGAAGGACUCACUGUACGAUCGGCUCUGGCGCCGGGAAUGCGGGGAGCUAUCGUCUACUGCCGGGCUUCGAGGGAUUUACGGCUCCAAGGAAUGGAUCAACGAUUUAGAUAUCGUCAACGAACUUGGCGGACACACGGGAUGCGUGAACGCUCUCAGUUGGUCCCGUUCAGGGCGUCUCUUAGCUUCAGGCUCGGAUGACCAGCAUUUGAACAUAUAUUCAUACCAGCCCGAAUCCUCAAACGCUCCCUUCUCGCUCAACACCACCGUGGCCACGGGCCACAGGGCCAAUAUCUUCUCCGUCAAGUUCAUGCCACAUUCCAACGAUCGCACCUUGAUCACAUGCGCCGGUGACUCUCAGGUGCGUGUCUUCGACAUCGAGCAUUCUAGUGCCAACAGCAACAGCAAUGUCGAUGCGAAUGCGACUUCGGCAUUUGCAGCUUCGGCCCGGAGUCGACGCUUUAACAACUUCUUUGAAGGGACACGUUAUCUGAGUGAAGGCAAUACAAAUGCUAGAGUCUACCGGAGCCAUGCCGAUCGCGUCAAGCGUAUUGUCACCGAGUCGUCACCUUACCUUUUCCUGACUUGCUCUGAAGACGGCGAGGUCCGCCAGUGGGACUUGCGCCAGCCGUCUUCUGCGUACCCUUCGCCCCGAGGCGGCCAGGGGUUCAUGGCCUACCGUCCGGGCUUGGAGCAUGAUGAUUCCAAUGUCCCCCCGCCGCUUAUAUCAUACAAAAAGUUCCGUCUUGACCUUAACACGAUCUCAUGUUCACCCACUCAACCACACUACAUCGCCCUGGGCGGUGCCCAUAUGCACUGCUUUUUACAUGACCGGCGCAUGCCGGGGCGAGACACCUCCGCAGAACGAGGCACGCCUGACGUAGCCACCCCGAGUGUCGGCAGUGUUGAUGAUGAAUUGAUGGGCAAAGCGACUCGAUGUGUGCGUCGAUUCGCACCCAGAGGCAAGCGUCGUGUGCGGCGCCUCGACGAUGGGCAUAUCACCGCAUGCAAAAUCAGUGACGCGAACCCAGAUGAAAUGGUAGUCAGCUGGUCCGGAGAUCACAUCUACAGCUUCGACCUCAUCCGCAGCCUAGAUGCUCGCGAUAGCUCGUUCGAAGAUAAUUCGAAGUUAACGAGCACUGGUACAAGCCGCAAGAAUGGUUCACGCAGCGGGAAACGCAAGCGUCCGAAGCCCUCAUCGAUGUCAUCGCAGGAGAGUGCCAACCGGCAUCAUUCUCGUCGUCGAUCAGCAGAUCCUGAUACGCUGCGGGUGCAAUAUGAAAAUGGCGAAUCCUCGGAUAUACCGUUUCCCGAAAUCUCAGAGGGAGCUGAGACACCGGAGGGCAUGCUCGAGCGUGCUAGAUAUUCUGUGCUAAACGAUGCUCAGCGCCUGAGCAUGGACAUUGCGAAGGGGCUUGUGAAGCUACGUCAAGCAUUAUUUUCGCUAAAAGCGACUGCCCGAGAGGCCACAGAGUCGGACGAGCCAGAUCUUACGCCAUAUUCAGAGAACUUCAAUACUGCGUUGGACCUAGCAACAACAUACCUGCCCCAUAUGGAAAGAGUCAUGCGUGAAUGGGCAUACCCAAUGAAUCCAUCUCAAGGUACUGUUGGUCUUGAGCGAUCUCUUCGCGAAAACCGGCAGGCGUCAUGGAGAUUCGUGCAAGCUGCUGGAACUCUCGCGCGUGUCUUAUUGCACACUACUGAUGACUCGGAAACCCCCGUAGCAUUCUCGCAGAUCAUUCCUGCGCCAAAUGAGGAUGGCACUAUCGAUCGGGAGGCACAAUUUGGAUAUGACUUCCUCAAAGCAAUUCUUCUAUGGCUGCAAGGAGGCCGACAAGAACUCCUACGCGGCUUCAAACGAGGAGUCUGCUCUCCAAGAGUGAACGGGAGGUUUCCCCUGGACGCGGACGCCGAUGAAGAUGCGAUUGAUACUGCCGUGGUUGCUUUUGGUAAUGCUGUGAAGUUGCCUUUGGAGAACCUCGGAAACACAGCUGCUCGCAUCGACAGACGUCGUGUAUCCAAUCCUUCUUCGCAGGUUCGAUCUCUUGACCGAGCCUCUGCAACUAGGUUCUGGAUUCUGCGUGUAGGUCGAGGUGUUCUGAUGCAGGCUGCAAACGGUGUCAACUAUUCGUUUGUCAACCGUGCUUUUGGUGGACUUCAUACAUCUGCAGUAGAAGACAGCAGUGAUAUUGAGGUAGAAAGGUCUCAGGAUGAUGCCGAAGCCAACGAAGAGGAACAGGCAAUUCGUACCAUCAAUCUUGUGAGAUCUGGUGGUUCUGCCCGAGCGGCAGCAAUGGAAAUGGCGACAUCCUCAGACGACAACGACGGCGAAUCCUCCGACGAUGAAGAUCUUGAACGUCUGCCUGUGACCCAUGAAAGUGACAGUGAUGACGAGGACGAGGACGAGGGCUCCGACAGUGAUGGCGAGAGCGAUGAUCAGGAUGGUGAUGGCUGGCAUAUGGAUUUGGUGGGCUCGGAUGAAGAGGAAUCAGAGUCCGACGAACCUCUCUUCCUACGGGGUGCAAGUCGCAAGUCACGAAGAGGAAACGUUGAACUUGAUGUGCCAUGCUCCGCUCACACACGAAUGUAUUGGGGUCAUUGCAAUAUCAAAACUGUAAAGGAUGUCAAUUUCUUCGGCUUGAAUGACGAAUAUGUGGUUAGUGGUAGUGAUUCGGGCCAUGUGUUCAUUUGGAACCGCGAAACUGCCGAAUUGGUCAACAUUUUGGAAGGUGACAGCGAGGUCGUCAACGUCGUUCAAGGCCAUCCCUAUGAGCCCACCCUUGCAGUGUCGGGCAUCGAUAAUACCAUCAAGAUCUUCUCUCCGGACCGACAUGCCCAAGAACAGGCCCGCCGAGGCCACAAUAUUCUCGACCCCGAUAACCCGGCCAAUUCCCUGGGAGCUACCGUACACAAUCUCGGUGGUCUACAAAGCCGCAAGCGUCUGUCAGAUAGCUAUCGCAUUAUGAGCCAGAAUGAUGUCGAUAGGCGUGGGGGUAUGAGCGAGGCCUACAUUACGAGAAGUAUGCUCGCUCGUCUUGCUGCGACCCUUCGUGGUCGUCAAGGUGGUGCCGGGGGCGCUGGCGGUCUUGGAGCUAUCCCAGGUGAAGGUGCCAGCGUCGUCCUCGACGAUAAUUGCGUGGUGAUGUGA